GAAAAAAUCAUGUCGGAUCAAGAAGAAAUCGUGAAUAAAACCGAAAAUUCGGUGCAAGAAAACUGCGUUUCUGAACAAAAUGCUGUAGAAAAGGAACUAGUAGAAGAAACCACCCCUGAGCAGGCUCAGAAUGCAAAGGAGGAUGGACACGGAGAUGGCACAGGUGGCGCCGUCAAGAAGACGAAGAAGAAAAAGAAAAAGAAGAAAGGAAAGGAUGUUGAUGAACCCACCGAGGAUGUGAAUGCUGAUGAGCAAGAUGAAGUGAAUGGAGAAGGAACUGUCGCUGUUGUUGGUGGAGACAAGAAGUCCUCAGUUCCAGUGGAUAAACUGCAGGAAAUCCAAAAGGCUAUGAUGAUGGACUUACUCAACAUCCAAGGACAAAGUGGUGCUCCAAAGAGUAUUGAGGAGGCGCAACGCAAACGUUAUGAAUUCUGGGACACACAACCAGUGCCUAAAUUGCAUGAGAAGAUCACAAGUAACGAGGAGAUCGAAGAAGAUAAACCACAGGAUGAAGUCAGACAGGAGGAGUACUCCUUACCGCGAGAAUUCGUCUGGGACACGUUGGAUCUGGACAACCCGUUAGUGCUGAAGGAGUUGUACACUUUAUUGAAUGAAAAUUACGUCGAAGAUGAUGAUAACAUGUUCAGGUUUGACUACUCACCGGAUUUUCUAAAAUGGGCCCUCCAACCUCCAGGCUGGCGCAAGGAUUGGCAUUGUGGUGUCCGAGUCUCAAAAUCACUCAAAUUAGUCGGUUUUAUUAGUGCAGUACCUGCACACAUUAGAAUAUAUGAUAGAGCGAAAAAGAUGGUGGAAAUCAAUUUCCUCUGCGUUCAUAAAAAGUUGCGCUCAAAGCGAGUGGCGCCUGUGCUAAUUCGUGAGAUCACAAGACGUGUGAAUUGCCAGGGUUUGUUCCAAGCUGUGUAUACUGCAGGAGUCGUGUUGCCCAAGCCAGUGGCAACGUGCCGGUACUGGCAUAGAUCCUUGAAUCCGAAAAAAUUGAUCGAAGUCAAGUUUUCUCACCUGAGUCGCAACAUGACCAUGCAGCGGACUGUGAGGUUCUAUAAAUUGCCUGAUAAUACAAAGACGCCAGGUUUCCGGAAACUGACCCUAGCAGAUGUCAAUGAAUGUCAUAAACUGCUGGGAAAUUAUCUGUCUGAAAAGUGUUCGCUUAGUACGGUUAUUUCAGAAGAGGACUUCAAGUAUUGGUUCAUGCCCAGGGAGGGCAUCAUUGAUACAUUUGUAGUGGAGAAUGAUGGAGUGGUGACAGACUUCGUCUCAUUUUACACGCUGCCAUCGACAGUCAUGCAUCAUAAAGUGCACAAGACGUUGAAGGCCGCCUAUAGUUUCUACAACGUCAGUACGAAGACACCGUGGGUUGACCUAAUGCAGGAUGCUCUCACUAUGGCCAGGAAUAUGGGUUUUGACGUGUUCAACGCUCUUGACCUGAUGGAGAACAUGGAAUUCCUCGAGAAGCUCAGGUUUGGAAUCGGAGAUGGAAACUUGCAAUAUUACCUUUAUAAUUGGAGAUGUCCAACGAUGAAGCCAAACCAAGUCGGGCUAGUACUACAAUGAUGAUGCCUCGAGGCCGAUAUUGUGAUAUCUAGAAGAAUGUAAAAGUGGUCACCGGAUCAUGGGAUGGUUAAAAGUUUGAGAUGGAACUGCGAACAUUGAAAAUUCGUGCCUUGAGAUGGUAGCAAGCUCAACAGACGUUUUGCGCCAAACGCAAUCAAGAAGUUGCCUUUGAUGGCGCUCUCUGGGUGUUGAAAUCAAACUAGUGGACCAUCAUACCUGCUAUGAACUUGAGGUUUUGAAUGUCUCGCCAAUCUGCAAGUGUGGAGCUAAAAUGUUGGCCAUAACUUGGGCACCUCGCUGAAGUAUUUGGCAAAAUGACAUCUCCAUCCAGCUUCUCACCUUGAAUUUGUUUUACUUUGGUGUACCUCUUUUCACUGCUUAUUUCAUUUGAGUAUCUUUCUCCUUGAUUGCUGUUGGGACAAAACUGAUUUUUGGAGGUACAUUGUACAUGUACCUCCAAAAAGAAUUUUGAUAUAUUGUUGGAAAUAUCCAAUGUGCUUCAUACUACACACUUCAGGAGUUUUCCUCACAGAGGACCUUGUCAAUUCUAACUUGUAAAUUUCACGAUGCACCUAUCUGCAAAAACCAUUAUCAUUUCAUUUUCCAUUAAAAACUUGGUUCCAUUUGGUUCACGUCUUAUCAGCUUGCAUGAAUUUUCAGAAUUGAAUUGCAAAUUAGGCAGAAGCAAAAACCAAAUUAAUGAAUGAUGAAUUUCCUCAGCUCCUUAUUUCUGUAAUUCUGCCAUAUUCCAUUGCAUACCCUGACAAGCCAAAUCAUUGUUUUGCAAAACCCUUGGUCUGCUUGUUCUAUUACAGGAAAAUACAAGAAAGAGUCUGUUGACCAAAUUCUUUGUUAUUCCACUUGUCCAAGGCAGUGAAGAGGUUCUUUGUUGGUUGAACGAGAUGUACACUUGCUAACACUUGCUAACUCUGUUAAUCCAAGACGCGCUCGCACUGCACCACACCAGGCCAUUCUUCCAUCCUGUAUUUGUACAAACUUACCUUUGUCCAAAGUGCUAAGAAAUGUCUCUGAAACUGUUAUGUCUUAAGUUUGGUUAUUUCCUAAUUUCUCUGAAACUGUAUUGGAAUUGCAUUUGUGUCUAACUUGUCAUUUUAUUUAUCGUGUUGAUUAACCACAUUGGGGCAAAUUUGUAGAAGUUUUAUAGAUUUUGUGUUCAUGUCUGGAAUAAGUUGGGUUGUUAGCAUGGGCAAGGGUGAGCAUAGUCAACAAAUAAUUACUGAAAGGUAUCAAAUAAUGUCAAGGCUGAAGUUUUUCUUGUAAAUUCACCCUUGUGUAUUAUUUUGCAUGUGCUAGUUACCAGAUGGCAAAACGUGGUCCUUCACUGAAAAUGCUGGCCUUGGUUGUUGAAAACGAAAUGUUGUCAUUGACGCUGGUGUUAACUUGGAGUUAUCUCCUUCAGCCAAACCCUUAGUCUAAACACCAGGUUAAAUUAUUGCCAGCGUGAGUGACAAAACUCGUUUUCAACAAAAACAGGCCCUGUUUUAACUCAAAUUGCCAUUGACUUUCCACAGUCAAUCAGGCAGCAGUCUUUUGUUUAUCGUGUACUGGUGAUAAGAUUUCUACCUUAUAGUAUUUUUAGAUGUGAUUUUUGUUUUACUGUAUUUGAAAUACGGCCAUUGGGGCGCUUAUGAGCUCAUUAUUCAUAUGGUGCUUCAUCAUUAAGAACUCUGGUCACCCCAAUGGCCGCAUGACUGCAGGACAAGAUGAAGUUAACGAUGAUAUUGAUGUCUCAAAAUUGUACAUUUAACUAACAGUUUUUUCAAACUUUAACUUCUAAAAGGGUUGGUCAUUCUCUGUAUGAACAGUGGUGGCUCGCAUCAUGCAGCAAACUUGCUGAAACUGGGUAUUUGUAUGUCUGCCUACACAACAGCAGAGUUGAAAUUUAUAUGCAGUGUGUAUUCACACUUAAAACUUUUUAAAUUUGACUUCAGGAGUGUGGAACCUGAUGUACUGUAUUUGUCAAGAUGAACUAUGAAAUAUCUCUACCAACUAAAGACUUCUUGAAAAAUCAAAACAAAUUUUUUGCUUGCCUGAUAAAUUUUGGUAGUUAGUCUCUCAGUCUUACCCCCUCUGCAACUAUAAAGGACUACAUGAAAUUGCAAGCGUUCAAUGGGUGACACUCACAGAUUAUCCCAGGUAGUGCCUCAUGUAUGUAGUUCUGAUAUAUUUAUUCAUUUUCUUACAUGUUUGUCUUUACUUGUUACGAGGCCAGAGUUGCUCUGAUUUUCCCUAAGACAUAAGAGCACGAAUGAGAUUUGGGGGAAUUCUCGGUGCCAUUGCUAACAAUUUUCCCCCGAAUCAUUUAAGGAAAAUUGGUCAGUCUUCUGUUGGUGAGGUGGCAUCAUAAAGACACUCUGGCCUGAAUUGUAAAACAUGCUGUCGAUCAAUUAUCAUUGCAAUUUGCAGAAAAAUGAAAUAAAGCUUUCAUGUUUUCA